CUCAAAGUUGGAUGCCAAGUACCGCGGCAAAUAAAAAGCCGAGUAAGAAAUAUUCUUUUCAUUCAGUGCUGCCGGGGUUUAUUUUUUCUCUGAGAAUUAACCGAACAAUUUGCUUUUUUUGUUUUUCCUAGGCUCUUGGUUUCCACAGAUAAUGUGUCAUCCCAUUUAAAUUCAGUAACAACGCAUUGCCUGAGAAAAGAUGGAAGCUCCUCCUGUUACAGUGAUGCCUGUCACUGGGGGCACGAUCAAUAUGAUGGAAUACCUGCUUCAAGGCAGUGUGUUAGACCAAGCCCUUCAAAGCCUAUUGCAUCGUCUUCGAGGUCUAUGUGACAACAUGGAACCUGAGACCUUUACCGAUCAUGAACUGGUUUAUCUUCUGAAAGGCCAACAAGGGAACCCUUUCAUUCUUCGUGCCCGGCGCUCCCUCUCCCAUCCCACAUCACCGUGGCACCUACGCUACCUAGGCCAACCUGAAGUGGGAGACAAGAGCCGCCAUGCACUGGUGCGCAACUGUGUUGACGUGGCUGCCUCUCACAGCCUGCCGGAGUUCCUUAAUGAGAUGGGCUUCCGCAUGGACCAUGAGUUUGUGGCCAAUGGCCACAUUUUCCGCAAAGGUGCUAUGAAAGUUGUGGUUAGCAAGCUGUCACGCAUCCUAGUACCGGGGAACACAGAGAACACAGAACGUCUAUCACUUUCAUUCUUGGUGGAGCUGAGUGUGACAGCUCCCGCUGGCCAAGACACUGUCUCAGAGGACAUGCGCAGCUUUGCUGAGCAACUAAAGCCCCUGGUUCACCUGGAGAAGAUUGACCCCAGCAAACAGAGACAUUAACUGACAUCAAUUAGUGCAUCAAGUCAUUUCUGACUGCCUUGACAUGGACAUAUUAUACCGUUUUUUU